ACCAUCAUCAUCCUAUUCAAUUCCCAGCACCCUGCAAUUCUUUCUGCACCUUAUUUGUUAUCACUAUGCCUUUUCUUGUUUAUCUUCUCCUCUUUCUUUCUCUGCAUGCAUGCGCUUCUCGACCACUCGGAAUCAAUCAUUCCCAACAUUAUCUACUGCACCUCUCUCACAAGGCUGUAAAGCUUCCAAUAAAGGAGGAAUUUCACAUGGCAGAAAUUUUCCAGGCCAAAAAUGAACAAGUUUUGCAAGAGAAACUCAACUUUAGGGACUCAAAAAGUCAAGCACGGUCAAUCUUAGAAUCUCCGGGGACACAUAACACAGAAGAAACAGUGAAAUCUAACGAAGAUGAACCGGUGGAAGACGUUGUAGUUAUGGACUAUGCACAACCCCAUCGCAAGACACCCAUCCACAACAAAGCACCAUAGAACUACACUUUCUCUGGGCUGUUCUGUUCUUGUCUGAUCUUAUACGGAGUAGUAUAUAAUAUUUUCCUUUUCACUUUUGAAUGGAUAAAAGGGAUGAUGAAAACCCUAGAAAUUAAUGGAUUAGGUUAAUACAAAAGAAGCUAAGAUCGAGUGAUGUUACAUAAUUUAUGUUGUGCAAGAAAGAAAGAGAGAGAGAGAGAGAAGAAAUGGUAGCAUGCAAAGCGAUCGAUCACGUGUUUAUUAAAUGCACAUGAAACAAGUUGUGGGAAGUGUCGACUGUGGAAUGAUGGUCCCUCAUAUCAUGAUGUGUUGUUUGUAUCAAAUUUAAUUUGCUGUGAAUAAAACAGUAGCAUUAUUAUA